AUGGUCAACGUACCAUUCCUGAAGCGGGGAAUUCCUCUGCCAUUUGGCGGAAGAAAGAAUAGUGAAGCCGAAGCCGACCAGACGGCAACGACAACCAGCUCGACUACAGACAUCACAUCCCAAGCAGGACUGGUUGACCCCGAAAAAGCCAGUGCCUCAAAUACUCCAGCCUCUCCAGUUCAAACAGAAAUCACCGAGACCGAGGCGGAAAAGCCGACAGCCAGCAAGAAUCGGUGGCCGCUAUGGGUGAAGCUCGCCAUUGCCGGAUGCACAUUUGCCAUAAUUGCCGGCUUAGCAAUCGGUCUCGGCGUCGGCCUGACCCGGCACAAACAUAGCAGCAGCCACAAAGACGAAAGCGCCCCGGUCGGCGGCAGCGACAACGGCCAGGGCGGCUCACCGCAGAAACGCAGCAAGCUGGCCGUCUACUGGGGGGCCAAGCUCAACACCGUCUCUCUCGACACCGUGUGCGAGGACCCGUCCUACGACAUUGUCAACCUGGCCUUUCUCAGCGCCUUCUUCGCCAACGGGCAGUACCCGCGGCUGGUGAUUCCAUCGCUCAACGGGUCGUCGGAGGCACAGAAGCGCGCGGGCGCGGUGGACCUGCAGGACGGCACGCCGCUGGUGCCCGCGAUCCAAAAGUGCCAGGCCAACGGCAAGCUGGUGCUCCUGAGUAUGGGCGGCGCAGCCGGCUACGCGGACGUCAAGGUGGGCAGCGACGCGCUGGGCCAGCAGGUGGCGGACACGAUCUGGGACUUGUUUCUCGGAGGCGGCAGGAAGCGUGAGAUUCGGCCAUUCGGUGAAGAUGUGAUUCUCGAUGGUAUCGACUUUGACAACGAGUCUGGACAGUCGACGGGCUACGAAGCCAUGGCGACGCGGUUUCGCUCGCACUUUGCGUCCGACCCCAGCAGGCGGUACUACAUGACGUCGACGCCUCAGUGCCCGUUCACCGCCGACGAGGAGGAGCUGCGCCUGUUCCAGCACCUCGACUACGUGUCGGUGCAGUUUUACAACAACAACGUGUGCAACGUGGGCCAGCCGGGCUUCGAGGCGUCGGUGCGGCGCUGGAGCCAGGCGCUCGGCAACACGACGACGCUGCUGGUGGGCGCGCUCGCCAGCGACGCCGACAAGGACCAGGGUUAUGUCGCCGCUGGUGCGUUCAAGGAUGUGCUGGGCCGGGUCAAGGCGAUGAAGCUGCCGAAUUAUGGUGGGGUGAUGCUGUGGGAGGCGGAGCUGGCGACGCAGAACGGCAACUAUCAGAAAAAGAUCAAAUCGGAGCUCUGA